GGAAGUCCUUGUCCUUCUGAAGGAGGUCCUUGUCCUUUAGGAAGUCCUUUAGGAAGGUCCUUUAGGAAGUCCUUGUCCUUUUGGAGUUGCUGGCGUUAGUAGCGGAGUGGUGCAAAUCUGAAUUGGUGGCAGUGGGUGGUGCAAAUCUGAAUUCCCAAAACAAGAAGAACAUUAUAGUGUAGAGCUGUAGCCGCGUCUCGAUGACAUCGAUAUUACCCCGACGACUGCGUGUACCUAGAAGACAGAUGCAGAUGAAAAGCACUAGAGAAGCUACUACUAUCUUGUCGUGCUCGUGGAUAGAAAGCACUUCUUCAACUUUUCUAUCGAGUGGUGAGCUGAAGAGCAUCUCCCUGGUACUAUAUGUAUUUGUAUUCAACAUUUACAUUCUGAUGUUUAAGAUUACUUCACUCGGAUCUGAUUACAGCCGCGACUUCUACCCUUGUCUGCGCAUGGUCAAGGCAUCCUCAGGUUCAGGAACUAGCUGUCUAUAAUUGUAAGAGUCCUGACCGAGAACAUGAGUUCCUUUCUCUCCGAUCGUGAGGUUCUUUCUUUUGUACUGUAUCCGAUCAUGAGCUUCUUUCUCUCAACAAAACAGCCUCACCGAGAACGGCCCCGAUUCUAGUGGUGUAGAAAUCGGCAGCAUGUUGACAACGGCAGCAUGUGUCUGGCUGGAUACGGAGCGUCUCUGACUGCCCCACACGGACACAGUAGUGGUCUUGAUCUACUUGCUCCUGGAAUGACUCCUGCAGCCUUGCAUGAUGGUGCUUCCUCUAUUUUAUGCCGUCUUGUUGUGGUGAAGUGCCGUGAAGAACAGCAGCAGAUCCAAAAAAAAAAUCUAAAAAAAUGGAGCAUGUUUUUUCUCGCAUCUUAAACAUGGGUCAUAGUACUGGCACUUUCUUAUUUCAAGAGGAAAAGUGGGGUGCCAGGAUGGUCUUGCGCCGAAAUGGACUCCAGUAAUACUCCUAGGCAAGCGCUCUCUUCUUCGACAGGCUCCUGCUUUUCGUCCGGCAUUUCGACUGGUGGCGUCGCUCGUAGCAGUUUAGACACAUCCAUGAUAAUUAGUCCCAUAUUAUUAAUUAGUCCUACUUGCUGUCGUGUUGCUGGGGAUAAAGCUGCUCCCUCAUUACUAAUAUAGUACAGAUUGGCCAACACCUCUCCCACCUGAUAACCCUGACCCCAAGCAAACGCUUUAGAUGAAUGCGCGACCUUUUGCGAGUGCAACAAGAACAACAACGAGGCGAAGAAGGCAGUAC